AUGGAUGAAAGGGAAGAAGAAAUGGGCAUAAAAGUGUACAAUGCAACUCCACCGGCAGAGGAAGGAGGAACAAUCAAGAACCGACAGCAGAACAAGCGUCGUGCAUUGAUGGCAAAGGGUGUUCAGAAAACCCUAUCCAAAACUUCUCUCCUCGGAAACUUCCUUCCCACGGGCACUCUCCUCACCUUCGAGAUGGUGCUGCCUUCAAUCUACAAGAACGGAGAGUGCAGCCACGUGCAGACCCUCAUGAUCAACUUCCUCCUUGCUGUCUGCGCCCUCUCAUGCUUCUUCUUCCACUUCACUGACAGUUUCCACGGUCCUGACGGAACCCUCUACUAUGGCUUCGUCACCACCCGCGGCCUCUCCGUCUUCAAGCCUUCUCUCCCCGCCGUCCCUGUGCCGAGCGACGACAAGUUCAAGGUGGGGUUCACAGACUUCGUCCACGCCGUCAUGUCCGUGAUGAUAUUCGUGGCCAUUUCCGUUUCCGAUCACAGGGUCACCAACUGUCUGUUCCCUGGGCGUGAGAAGGACUUGGAGCAGGUUAGGGAGAGUUUUCCUCUCUUGGUCGGACUCCUUUGCAGUGGCCUGUUCCUCGUCUUUCCCACUUCCAGACAUGGAAUUGGUUGCAUGUCUUCCUAGUUCCUUCUGUUCCUUUCUUUACUAUAUUGUCUCUUCUGUUUCAUAUUAUGGUUCUAAUGUAUUAUAGUUGCCUUUUUCUUUCU